UGAAAAAUGUCAUUACAUUCAUCACCAAGGAGACUUAGAGAGUUUGAUAGUGUCAGUGGCACUGCAGAGAUUUCUUCUCAACAGAAUCCGAAUGAUUCAGAAGUUGUUCAAGAUGAAGACUUCAGAAAUUUGAGAGCAGCUAUUACUGAUCUAUAUCUAGAUGUAAAAAUUCGAAGCUCUGACGAUAUUGAUAAUUAUAACACUCCUCAGUUUGAUAAAGAAAAAGAUAGGCUCAAGCAACUCAAUCUCUCUACUAUUGUCAGUUAUAUUAAAGCCUCGAUUGAAAUAUUAAUGAAUAUGAAGCUAGACGAAUCAGAAUAUAAGCUUCGAGAGUCUAAAUAUCAUCCCUCUUCAAAGCCAUAUUUUCGGAGAGAGGACAAACCUGUUGAGGAGAGUAAAAUUUCAAGCAACUCCCAAUACGAUGUCAAUCGAGAGUAUGAAAUCGCAAUUCAAAAAUUAGAGGCUGAUAUUCGAAACCACAUACGAAUAGAGCAACAAUUAAAACUUCAUAUUGAAUCUGUUCAUUCUAAGAUAGAAGAAAUUGAAGAGAGAUGGCAUCAGGCUGAAUCUGACAAGAUCCACCAACAGAGAAGGUUUGACCAAGAGCUUUCCAAACUGAAAGAUAGCCUACUUCAGAAAUAACAGGACGAUCUCCCAGCUAACUGCUGAUUUAGAGAAUGAAAAGAAAACUUCUUCUGAAAAGUCUUGUAAAAUCGAAAAGUUUGAAGCUAAAAUAAAAGAAGUUGAACAGAGGUACAUCAAAGACAUUAUGAUCCUCCAAGGCGAGCUUUCAAAGCUAAAGGAAGAAGAAGGCUAUAAAACAAUGUUCAACUCAAACCCUCACAAUCUGACAGCUCAUUCACAAAGAAAGUUGUCAAAGGCUAUAAAACUGCUAUCUUCGAAUUGCACUCCAAUAAAUGUUAAUCGGGAGUCUCAGAAUGGAUUUAAGAAUCACAAGAAAUUAAGCAUAAGUAAUGGAAACCAUUUUAACAAGAUCAAGUUUCAGGAGCCAAAGACCAGUAAGCUUACCAAGAAUCGGCCUAAAGGUGAAAUCCAAAGAAAUCUUCUCAAGGGCUAUAUCAAAAGUAAAGGAGAUAAAGAGACUAGCUCUGGGAUCCUGGAGCUUUCUACGAGGACUCCUGAUAAAACUAAUACUGAGGUAUCUCCUUACAUGGUGGACAUGUAUCGUAAAUAACAGCAAGCCAUACAAUGAGCAAUUGAGCCACAAGAUGAGAUCAAGUAGCAACUGAUUGAAGUAUUCAAAGGCCAUGAAAUUAAAUACGAAUGAUUCUCCAAUGAAGUCUUCCAGAAAGACAAUGUUAAAGAAACAUAAGAAGUCAAAAUCACAAACUUCAAUUGGUGGAUUAAAAAGUAUGGACCAUCGGAAUUCUGGGGUAUUCUUUCAAGGUUCUGAUAAAUUGAAGAAAAUGGAAAGGAAGAACAGCCAAAAACCCCAACAUUUUCAUGAUAAUAAUAAUAGAUCUAAUAAACAUAAGCGACAUUUAACUGAUCCAAGGGUUUCAGUAAUUUCUAUACAAAAGAAUUUGUAUAAUACUUAUCACAGUAAAAAGAAAUCUUUGAAAAACCAACAGCUAGAUAAGAAAAAGAAGAAGUAUUCAUCCAAAGAAAGUAUUAGCACUGUGAGACAUUGAAUUUCCAAAGAAAACCCUGAUUCUGGGGUAUAUUACCAACAAUCUAGUAGGAAAGCUCCUCCUAAUUCCAUCAUUGGCAGUAUAUUCUCUGCAAAUGAUUUCUCAAAUAUGAGUCAAAUGAAGUCAUCUGGCAGUUCAUUUUUAAAUAAGCACCAAAGGCGUUGUGUGUCUUCAAUAGGGUGCUAUCUCAAAGACGAUCGACCAAACCCUGGUAACAGUUUCAACAGGUACCCUUCGGAGAUGUCUGGCACUAAGAUUGAAGUAAAGGCUAAGCAAAACAGUAGCAUGGUCUAACUCUGGGUCUAAUUAAACAGAAUA